UGACCGCCGCUCCAGCUCUGGUCAUUAUCAGCUUGUGUUUCAUCCAAGUGUCCAGAUGGUCCGAAAAGCUGCUUCAAUCUGCUCUCACUCCCCCUCCCUCCUUCGCUCGCUCCUUUUUAGGGGAAGAAAAAAAACCCUAAAUAAAUAAAAGGUGAUGCCAGCGAUGAGACUGGAUCUAUGGUUUCAGCUCGUGACAGAAGAGGGGCCAGAGCUGGACCCGGAUCAGUCCGGCUGAUGUUUUCGGGGCUUGGGUUGUUCGCAGAAAGUGCCCAGAGGGUUGUGGGUGCGAUUUCCCACGAGAUCAUCAUGUCGUAAUUCCUCUUCUGUCUGCAGGAAUUGACCAGUUGUUUCCUCAGUAGCCGAAUUUGUCGUUCAGGUGCGUCCGUCCGUCUCCGCUCUGACCUGAGUCCCACACGGAAGAAAGCGUUCCUCUUUUACAUGACUUUUAAGUUCAUAAAACAAUUGAAGGAGUCACACAAUCUUCGAGCUCUUGUAGCAUUUCCAGCAUCUGAACACCCGAAAAUAUUCAGUACCCAACCACAGCUUUCAGAUACUUUGCUGCCCUCUAGUGGCAGAUAAAGGUGCAACAGAAUCACUAGUUUUUGGUACUAUUUAAUUCAUCUUAAAUGUGAUUUAAUGUGCAUUUCAAAUGACCACUUACCAGCAGGGGGCACCCACACACAAUAAUCUGGGUCAUCGUCUGGAUACUGUUUGGAGAGCAGCGCGGGCGGCUGCGGGUCGGAGAGUUGGGUCAGUAUUUGUGAUGAGUGUGUGUGUGUGUGUGUGUGUGUGUGUGUGUGUGUGUGUGUGUGUGAGAGAGAGCGAGAGAUAACACCUACUCUGCUCUGGCCUUUUGUCUUCGUAGUGGUUUUACUGUGGGCCUCCCCCUUAGUUCCUGUAGAGAAACACGACAUUAGGAACUAGAGAUACUGGCAAGCAAGGAUGAGGAAGCAAGUGAUAGUGACCGGUGCUGGACGGAGCUGGUGCCGCAUCACUGCGCUCAGAACAAACCUCCGACUUGUGUUUACUUUUCGGGGGGCUCGGCUCUGGAGAAAGAUUUAACAUCAUUUCAUAUGGCUCCUUUAAGAGUUGAGCUGAAUGAUCCACUCUCACCUUUUCUGACAGAAGGUGGACUCGCUUCUGUCUCCUGAGCAGUGUUAGAUAUUGACAUACUGGAGUCUUCUGGAUCCAUAUUUGACUCCUCACAGACCUCUGGACUUUCUUCCUUCUUCUCAGCCUCCAUCUUCUCAUCUUCCUCCUCCUCUUCUUCUUCUUCUUCUUCCUCCUCCUCCUCUCCUCCAGGUGGAAGCUCUUUCAUGUUGAACAGCUCCGCAGGCAGGUUUGGUCGCUUUGGAGGAAGUUUCUAUAUGAAUGAUAUGAAGACGUGAAUUUUUUUUUCCUUUUUUUUGAAUAAAGACGAGACUAGAGAAAAGGAAUGCACCCCGAUAGUCCCGGUCUUGAGUUUGAAUUUACUUCCUCCCUUCAUGGCUCCGAACAGCGGGAGAGUUUUUUUGGGUUUCUCCGACUCGCCACUUCCACUGUCGACAUGAAAACCCAGCGUGAAUAUUCAAUUGUGGCUCAGGGCACGAGAAGUGCUCCCACCUCGGCAGGAGGGAAGGCAACUCAGCUGGUCGCGUCAGCUCCACCAGUUUUCUGAGCCGCUGCGCGUCUUUGCGGAGAUCUGCGACGUGCAGAUGGAGCUUCUUGCGCUCCACGGCGUCCAUCGCUGUCUCGCUUCUCACUGCCGUCAUGAAGGCAUCCAGAGGGUCGUCGGCGGAGGACCGGGAGGAGUCUGAGCCGAAAAAAAAAAAAAAAAUAUACUCUCUACUUCUGGCUCAGCAGCACCACAGGAGUCACCAGAAUGUAACCCUGGUUUUCUGAGUAUGACCCUCAAAUGGAGAGGAAUCCAAAAUAAACGACUUCCACGUCAAACCUAAGUGGAUUCAAGCUUUUCAAUUGAUGAAAAAGGCUGAUAUUUUACAAGGAAGGGUGAGUCAAGCUACAUUUCCCACGUAAAAUAUCACAUUUUUUUGCAGGUUAGUUAGUCAUAGUGGCCUCAUUUUAGACAUCAUCAUACUGAAAAAUAUCAAUGGAUGACGGCUGCAAACAUCUUGUUCGACAGGGAGAAGUCGACGUCCAACAGAGCACUCACCUUUCCCAGAUCCACUCAGCUUUUUCUGCGUCUCUGCCACCUCCUUCUCCACCGCUGCCAGUUUGGACAGCUGAAGAAGACCAAUGUUCACUUCAGAAAAAUGGAAUUUGUUACCGUGAUCUCGACAUCCGUCACUAGCGGUGCUCCUCACCAGCGAGUCGUACGUCUCCGGUCGCUCCUCGAUCUUCCCUGCCUUCUUCAUCCUCUCCUUCCGCUUCUUCUCUACGGUUCCGGUCCGGUCCAAAAACGUAUCGUCGUCACUGUCGUAGAAGUCCUCGUCCUCCCAGUUUUUCUUUUUGCGCUUUCGUGAAACUAAAGAAAGAGAUUUUUAGAACAAGUGAGUCUUGGAGAUGCAGUUGGACUCUCCCAAGAGGUCCUCAUCACCUGCUUCCUGGCGCAGCAGCCCCCGGGCCUCCAGCAUGCGACAGGCCUCCAGGCAGCACUGCACCGCUGCCUCCUUCUUCUUCCCCGUGUGCGUCACUUCUGCGACCAGCUGUCGGCCCAGGGCGUCGUCCACCGGCAGCCUGAAGGGGAGAGAGGCCGAGCUCAAGCAGAGACAAACACCAGAGCAAAGCUUCAGAGGCGCCUUUACUUUAUCCUGCAGAGCCACGUGCCGUGAUUCUUGUCCUCAUACUCAAACUCCAGCUCCUCCCCUGAAGAAGAGUCCAGACGAAACAGUGUUGAGUUGAUCGACAGCAAGGAUUUGAAGACGGCGUUUUCAUUUCACCUUCUCUGUCAUAGAAACCCUGCAGCGCCUUCUUCGGGUCCUUCAGGUAGGCAGCUUCCUGGUCUUCAUGGAACUCGGUUGAAAAGGGGUUUUCAGCGUUCUCAUCCUCCUCAGGGAACGCUUCCUCAGCUGCAGAUUAAACAACAAUGACUCCUCUGACGUAAAACAACAGGCGGAUCCUUGACUCACCCAUUCCCCAUGAACACCCAGAAUCCUCUGAGGAGACUUUGCUCUGGCCUUUCAUGCUUUCCCCGUCGCCCUCCUUUUCCUCCUCCUCCUCCUCCUCAUCAUCAGAGUUCUCUCCCAUCAUCCUCUUCUCCAGCUCGGCCUUUUGUUUCUGCGCUCGCUCCCUCAGCUCCGUCACCGUCAACUCAGACUCCUCCUCCUCAUCGAAUUCUGGACCCUGAGAAUCCACAAUAGUUUGAAAAAGGGCACUUUUUUCAAACUAUAUUUCAAGGAGUCCGGAGGCUUUACCUGCAGUAUAAAGAGUCGGGUGCUGCCUCCGAACUUCAAGACGUGACCCACUUUGAUCCUAAUGUAAGUCUUGGGUGGGAUCUUGUUCUUGUUGACCACAGUGCCGUGAGUGCUGCCCAGGUCGUGGACAUAGAAGCCCCGCUCUUCCCCCAUGUUCUCCGUCUCUCCAGCCUGGCUCCGGUACUGGAUCACAGCGUGGUAUCUGGAGAUGGAGGGAUGCUCCAGAGGCAUGUCACACACCGGCAAGCGACCCACUACGAAGAAGCUCUUCACAUCGAGGGGGAUAGUGUUGAUGAUGGUGCCAUUCUUCAGGAUUUCGAGGGAGUAGCUGAGGUCCGGUGCCGCUCCACCCCAGGCGGGUUCCGAGUAGGGAAGAGGAGGAAACUUACCAGCCAGUGGCGCUUUGGACGGCAACACUUUGGGCUUGACAGGAGGAGCGGAAGCGACUUUACUUUUGCUCUCGUCAGGUUCCGUUUUAGGAGGUUUGACCUGUUCGUUUGGAGCCGUUAUCGCUUGACUGUCGCCGCACGGUUCCGCUUCGGACGGAGCGACGUUGCAGCUCCGUUUGCCCGCCACAGCAGGUGCUUUGAAAAUAUCUGGUUUUUUGAAAGUGUCCAGAGUUUCCAGUUGCGGUUCGGGUGUUUUCUCUUCCCCAUUUUCGACAGCAGGCUCCGUAUCCAUGACGGUACUCGCGUCUUUAUCGGCGCUUGGACUCACGUCUGGCGGCAGGGAGGCGGACAUGAUUGUUUGGUGCCACAGCGAAUUCCAUCCGGCUUGUCAUGACUUUUUAGAAAGAAAAUCUUUACAAAUGUAAAUGCUCAACGGAAAUAAAUAUGGAAUCUUAUUCCACUUACCAGUUAUUCCUUGCUUACACGAGAUGCCUUAAAUGCCAAUUUGGUCUAAGUGAAGUUUGUUGUGGAACCAAUUGGCGUGUGGAGGGACGCACCGGAAGUGAAGAACAACGUUUCCGGGUUGCCUCAAAGCGCGUCAACACAAAGCUAAGAGGAGCAUCACAUCUACUUUCCUUUUAUUUAAACUCCAAACCAUGAUGCGUUAUUGGGGUGAGAUCCCUGGACCCACCAGUGCCCCGCCCAGUCGCAGCUCUUUUGACUUGCUGCAGCGCGAGUUCCGCUCCGUGGAGAUGCAGGACCCGCCCCUGCACCAACCGUCCGCACAGCGGCCGCGACCCACCACCAUGCUGGACAUCCCGUCGGAGCCCUGCAGCCUCACCAUCCACACAGUGCAGCUGUGCCAACACACACGGAGACUGCGGGGGCUCCUGGCAGCUGCUCAGGGUCAGACCUCCGCUGUCUCUGAGGGCUUAUGCAAACUGGAGGACACAGACACCAAACUCCCCCUGCGCCCGCCCACCCCACCCGUCAUGCCAGAUGACCUGCUCCCCGCAGAUAGCAAAGGCCCAAGACAACCUUUCCAGCUCUGCCACAGUGACCCUGAAAGCGACUUCUACAAAGGUAAAGGUGAGCCAGUCACCGAGCUCAGCUGGCCCUCCUGCAGGCAGCUGCUCUACCAGUCGGUAGCCACAGUCCUGGCCCACGCCGGCUUUGAGUCCGCGCAGGAGAGCGUGUUGGAGACUCUCACCGACCUGGUCCAUGAGCACUACCUUCGGCUCACCCGCCUGCUGAGGGUGGCGGUGGAUCGGGAGGCGAGACUUGGCGCGAGUCCCUUUCCUGACGUGGUGGAACAAGUGUUCCACGAGGUGGGCAUCGGAAGUGUGCUGGAUCUGCAUCGAUUCUGGCAAGUUCGCAUCAAGGACUAUCACAGUUACAUGCUGCAGGUCAGUAAAGAUUUGUCAGAAGAGUACGAGCGGCUGGUGAAUCCAGAAAAGGCUCAGGAGGACUCCAAACCUCCCCGGAUCAAAGAGGAGCCGAUGAGCGACAUCUUCUUCCCUGUGAGCGAGGAGCCGGAGGCCGACUUGGCCCCAGGGGACCAGACUUUGCCGAUGGGGGUGCUCGGCGGCCACACUGAGCGCCUUGCUUCCGGGUUGGACCCUGACCACUCCCCCCACACCUCAGGUGGCGCUGUAGCCAACAACUCCCCGCUGUGGCCGCAGGUGAAAGUCGAACCACAAGAUGGCGAAGACUCCCAAAAUGCCGGGCAUCACCAUCAUCACCACCACCAUCAUCACCAACACCUCGAUGUGUUCGAGGAGGGCGGCCCCAUGUCCACCAUGAGCGAGACGGCCGGAGCGAUGGCGCCCUCUUCUGCUGGCGCAGUGUCUGACGGCAGCUACGCCUCGCCCGACUCACUAAUGGACACGUCGCCCGUCUUUAACCAGAGACCUCGAAAACGAACGAAGAAGAUGUGAGACUGUCAGUGGACUCAACAGAAAAUACUUUAAGUCGCAAUAGUGUCAUUUGUUCACUCGGAAAUAAAACAUUUUUAUUCAGAAGGCCACUGCGUGACCAGCUGUCAGGUCAGUAAUGCUUUAUCACCACAACAGAUCACCUAACAAGUGACAGAUCAUUUUGAGGUGAGGUUGUGCCUCACGUACAUGUACGCUGAAGCCAAAAUGUUCCAGUCAGGUUUGCAGGCAUGAAGGUAGCAAACCACCGGCUUGUUGUAUUUGGCAACGGUCUGACCCCUGCAGCUUGUCAACA